AUGGAUAAUGUUUCUGUUGUAAGAAUAUUCCUUCUAUCAGGGGUAAAUGAAACAAGUAAUUAUAGAGUAACUCUCUUUACAUUUACUUUACUGUAUUACUGUGUGAUUUUGUUUUUAAAUCUCUCAAUCAUCAUGAUCAUAAUCUUAGAUGAAAACCUGCAUGAACCUAUGUACAUCUUAUUGUGCAGUUUUUGCAUGAAUGGACUUUAUGGAACCACAGGUUUCUACCCCAAAUUCCUCUUAGAUCUGAUGUCUUCUUCUCAAGAAAUCUCAUAUGAAGGAUGCCUCUUACAAGCUUUUGUCAUGUACUCAUUUGCUUGUUGUGAAUUGUCCAUUUUAGCAGUUAUGGCCUACGACAGAUAUCUGGCUAUAUGUCAACCACUGCACUACCACUCUUAUAUGUCAAAGAGGAGGCUCUCCCAGCUGGUAUGUUUGUCUUGGCUGACACCUUUCUGCAUUUACUCCGUCAAUGUUGUGGUCACAUCAAGACUAAAGUUAUGUGGUUCGAAAAUUCAGAAACUCUUUUGUGUGAACUGGAUAAUUGUUAAACUUGCUUGCUCCGAAACUGAUACUGUUUCUAGUAACAUUGCUUCAUUUGCAACACUUUUCAUUUAUUUGUCUCAUGGAUUUUUCAUAAUUUGGACUUAUAUCCGUCUUAUCAUAACUUGUGCGAGGUCCAAAGAUGACAGGGUAAAGUUUAUGCAGACAUGUGUGCCCCAUUUAGUCUCUUUAAUCGUAUUCCUUGUUGUAGUAGUUUUUGAUGUGAUGCAUAUGCGAUUCGGUUCUACAGAUUUACCUCAAAGCCUUCAGAACUUCAUCGCUAUUGAAUUUCUGCUGAUCCCUCCUGUUAUAAAUCCUCUAAUAUAUGGAUUUAAACUGACAAAAAUACGAAACAAAAUUCUGGGUUUAGUAAAAGUUGAAAGAAAAUGA